UCGGGAUUUCCGGGAGUAAGAGAAAGCGGGAUGUGCACACUGCUGCCGCGCCCACGUCCCUUACGGCCGCCACAUCCUGCAGAGCCGUGAAGGUUCCAAUCUUUAUUUGAGAGUCACCAGAAGACUGACAGCUUGUCUGGCUGCUCCCUGGGUCACGUGGCAGGCAGGAUCACGUGACACCCGGGAGCCCGCCUGUAGGGGUCUGUUGCCCUGACAACAGCCCGCUCGCCGGGACUUUCCGGGAGAGCGCGGGCUCCCAGGAGCAGUGUUUCCAAUGCUGUGAAUAAUUUUAAGAUACUUGCUUUGUGACGUGAAAAUUACUAACCAUGGCUCACUAUUUCAAAGUAGACCUUGAUGAAGAAUUUGAACGGUUUAUGAAGGAGCUUUCAGAUGAUUCUUUUGAAAAUUCAAAUAAAACACCUAGACAACCUAAUGAAGACAACAAAGAAAUGAAGAAGAAAGACCCAGUGCCUUGGUGGAUAGCCGAAGAUGAUUUUGAAGAUGAUGGAUUGCUUGGAACAAAUGUGAGCUAUUUGAAGACAAAGAAGACAUAUCAGCCUGUUAUGGACACAGAGGAGGAAUCUGCUGAAAAAGUUCAGUUUCUUAAGAGCAGUGGAACCUCCAUCUUAAGUGUUGACAGCUUAGAAGCUAAUGAAUUGGUUGUUUCUGAGCCCCAUCAUAGCACUCUUGGUUUGGGCUUGGACACGUUAGAAGAACAAGAGGAGAAAGAGCAGUUCUUUGCCAGGCUUGAGAAAGGCUUGACGUCUUCUAUUGAUUAUUCGAAAUUAAAUCAAGAACUAGAUUCUGACGACUCUGCACAAUUGAAAGCUUUACAUAGAUAUCCACGUAAUACAGAGCCAGCUGAAGAUGGAUGUGAGAAUGAAUCAGAACAAGAGGAACUGCCAGGAGGAAGAGAAAACUGGCAUGCUGGCUAAUGUUGUGCUGCUUGAUUCCUUUGACUCUGUUGAAGAUGUUGGCCUUAGCAGUCAAGAGAAAGCAACCCCUAAAGCAAAGGCCCCUCCAGAAAUAACAGACGACGGACCAGCAGAAACAGGUGUUCCUUAUGGACAAAGCAGUGGUGACACUGAAGCCCUGCACCAAGCUUACUGUCAUGUAGCUCAUUCUCUGGGAGACACAGGCGAACCAAGAAUUGAGGCUAGCACUGUGCAAACUGUCAGGAGCUCCAUAAAAGAUGGUCUUCAAGAAAACGAAGAGUCUUCAAAGAACGUCUCUACCACCGAGUCCGAUUUGCCCACAGUGGAGGAGCUGAUGCAGCCUAUCAGGAUCGAUUCCUAUGGGAUCAGGGCCUUUGACUUGCAGCCUAUCAGCCUUAAGAAAGCAACGGACAGUAAAGAAGCUGAAUCUGUAGGCUCUUUACCCCUGAAGACAAACACAAACACUGUGUCUCAAGACACUAGACAUGCGAUCCAAUUUCCCCACAAACACGAUGAGAGUGUGGUUCUACACAGGACAGCAGAUGAGGGCAUGGGCAGCAGCUGUCCAGCUACAGAGGAGCAUUUGGACAAAAUGUAUCUGGAGAUUUUGAAGAAGAAAACAUCAGUUAACCCCUCACUAUUACCUCAGGAUGACAAAAUGAACCAGACUUCCAGGUCCCAGCUCGGGGCUGGGGAAGAGGUGCCUGUCAUUGGUAAACAGGUUCCAUGUAAGAAGGCCAGAAGCACACCUUCUUUGCCUAAGAGAAAGCCACAGAGUGGACUGUACGCAUCAGCUCGGAGCUCAGGCUACGGCAAACCCAGUUCACCACUCCAGUUAUUUUCAGCCCUUGAAAAGAAAACUUCAAAGGAUAAUACAAAAACUAAAAGUGUGAGAUCCAUUCCCACCUCAAAUCAAUUUAGAAAAAGAGAAAUACUAUCUGGAACAAAACUCAUCAAGCCUGCAGCUUCGAAUAAACCAUCCCCUCACCGUGAAGGUAGCCCAGCUACACCCAAGAGACCUGAAGACCCCUCAGAUGAUUCCUUUGUUCAGUUACAGACUGAGCCUUUGGGAUCCUACGGUGGGAACAGAGAGAAAGAGUUACUAAUGUUGAAAAGAGCUCAGGAUGCGGAGGAAAAAUGGACGGGUGCACAAGCACUGAUGGAGCAAAUGAAAAUGACAUUCUGUGAGAAGGAGAAGGAACUGGAGAACACAGUGGAAAGCCUCAAGAGGCAACAGGAGAGAGAGCUCUUCAGACUGAACCAAGAGAACUACAUUCUCCAGGCCAAGUUAAGUAGCUUUGAAGAAACAAGCAGAAAACAGAGGUGGCUACAAUUUGGAGAAACAUCUGACCCCCUCACUGGAGAGAAACUGAAACAAAUUCAAAAAGAGAUACAAGAGCAAGAGACACUUCUUCAAGGCUACCAGCAGGAAAAUGAAAGGUUGUAUAAUCAAGUAAAAGAUCUUCAGGAACAAAAUAAGAAAAAUGAAGAGCGAAUGUUUAAAGAAAAUCAGAAUUUAUUUAGUGAGUUGGCCUCUUUAAAAGAACAGAUGCACAAAAAUCAUUUUCUGUCUCAAGCAGUUGAAAAUACAGAACCCACAAAAAACCAGAGUUUUACAGAUCUUCUAGCAGAAUUACGGGCGGCACAGAAAGAAAAAAACCACCUCAUGGAAGACAUCAAAAGACUGAAGCAAGACAAACAAGCUCUGGAGGUAGACUUGGAAAAAGUUAAGAGAGAGAGGGACCAAGCCAAAGAUCAAAUCGCCUAUGCCACAGGUGAAAAAUUAUAUGAAAUAAAGAUUUUAGAAGAAACACAUAAACAAGAAGUGAGUCGUCUACAAAAGCGACUACAGUGGUACGCUGAAAACCAGGAGCUUCUGGAUAGAGACGCAGCUCGCCUCCGAGAGGCCAAUGAAGAGACUGAGAAGCUGAGAUUAGAGAUUGAAAAACUGAAAACUGAGUCUGGGAGCCCAGCUACUCAGCAGAGGCUGCGCUCAAAGGAAAGAGCUCUUGAUGCCAAAAGAAUUCAGGAUCUGGAGCGGCAGGUUAAAGAAAUGGAAGGGAUUCUGAAGAGAAGGUAUCCCAACUCUUUGCCUGCUUUGAUACUGGCUGCCUCGGCAGCUGGUGAUUCGGUAGAUAGAAAUACAGUGGAGUUUAUGGAGAGAAGAAUAAAAAAGCUAGAAGCUGAUCUGGAGGGCAAAGAUGAAGAAGCCAAGAAAAGCCUUCGCACCAUGGAACAGCAGUUUCAGAAAAUGAAGAUUCAGUACGAACAGCGGCUAGAGGAGCAGGAACAGCUGCUUGCCCACAGGCAGAAGGAAGCUCCGCAGAGCCAGCGUAACAGCUCAUCCAGGCUGAAGGCCCUUGAGACAGAACUUGGGGACAUAAAGGAAGCCCAUCAGAUCACUGUAAGAAAGCUGGAAGCUGAAAUAGAUGUUCUCAAACAUCAAAAUGCUGACUUAGAACACAAGAAGAAUGACAAAGGAGAUCAGGGCCUCCAGUCCAUAGAGUUCCAGGUGGAGCAGGCGCAGGCCAGGGCAAAACUGGCGAGACUCAAUGAAGAGCUGGCAGCGAAGGGGAGAGAGAUACAAGACCUUACAAAGACCGUGGAGAGGCUCCAGAAGGAGAGAAGGAUGAUGCUGUCGAGGCAGAUCCCCAGGAGCAGAGAGGAGACGGCUGCCAAAAGGCUGAAGAAAGACCCAAACAGAGGACAUGGGAAUGCUUUCCCUGAAACCCUGGAUGGCAAACUGUAUCACCCACACACCUUUACUGACUCUCAUAUUUCGGAGGUCUUAGAAGAAAACUACAGAUUGAGAAGUGAGCUGGAGGGCUUAAUUUUAGAGAGAAGUAAGCUGAAGAUGGAAUCUGAGGCAGCAGUAUGCCAACUUGAAAACUCCAUGAAAAGGGUCAAGGACGACGCUGCAGCGCACAUUGCGUCCCUCAAAGCAUCUCAUGAGAGGGAAAUAGAGAAACUCCUUUGCCAAAAUGCAAUAGAAAACUCCUCUUCCAAAGUAGCUGAACUGAAUCGCAAAAUCGCAACUCAAGAGGUACUUCUAAAACAUUUCCAAGGUCAAGUUAAUGAGCUGCAGGGUAAACAGGAAUCCCUUGCAGUUUCUCAAGUUCGAGAAGAAAUCCUACAGAAACAGAUUACAAAACUCUUGGAAGAAUUGAAAGAAGCCAAAGAAAACCACACACCAGAGAUGAAGCAUUUCAUGGGCUUAGAAAGGAAGAUCAAGCAGAUGGAGAUGAGGCAUAGGCAGAGAGAGCAGGAGCUCCAACAGAUAAUACAGCAAACACGCCAAGUAGUAGAAACAGAGCAAAACAAGGAAGUUGAGAAAUGGAAAAGACUUGCACAGUUAAAGAAUCGGGAGCUGGACAAGUUCCGCACAGAGCUGGACUCCAUACUGGACGUUCUGAGGGAGCUGCACCGACAAGGGGUUGUGGUCCCCAUGGCUCUCGCAGGCGAAGAGAACACAGCAGAGUUUUAGUCGGAACUUGGAUCUGAGUGACCACAUUGUAAGACAGAUGAAAACCUGCUGCUGUUGGGACAGGCACCACACAGCCAUGCGUGACCACCACCAGAGUAACAUAUCAGAAUAAACUGCCAUGAGCCAACAGGAGAGAACAUACAUGUUGAUUUAUCUUACUGAAAACCAUUAAACAUUUGAGAAAUGAGCAGGUUCCAUGACGUCAGAAGACUGUGACUAGCAAGGUUACUGUGAAAGGGCUCACUCCCAGGCUACAGUGGAAGAGGAGCGCGCACACCCUCAGCCACACUUUGUAGAUUAAAUUAUUUUGCAUUUUCUGUCAGACCGGAAAUCAGCUCUUUCUCAUGAAACAGAUAGAUGGAUGAGAGCCUCGUGCUGAGGACAGUCUCUGCCGCAGUCUCCAACCCGCAGAGACAAGAAUGACACAGACACCAAGAGGGGUUCACACAGCUUCAGCUUCUUUUAUACUUGCAACUUUUUUUACUUAGGACAAGGGCUAUAUUUAUACAGUAGCAGCAACUGACCUCAUCUUGCUCCACACCACCUCAUCCAAUCAGAAUCACACACACUCCAGGCACGAGCUCAGAUCAGUCACAGAUAGGCUGACAGAUCCGGAUCACAAGAAUAAUCUAACUUGGCAGGCAGCUUACACAUGCAGUCUCACUGUGAAUGUCCAGGCAAGGCAGUAAUAAACAUGUGGGUUUCACGGGGCCUGGCAAUGGGCCAGGGUGCCAUCUUGGCCCAUGCGGCCGCACCCACUUCCCACACCUCCCCCUUUUUGUUUUAUUAGUAGCUCUGAGAUCAGCAUCUGUCUUAGGUUGCCCCCAUCCGUGCCACAUCCUUACCCGUCAUGGGAGUGACGAACUCACUUUCGCCAUCCUGUCUUAGGUUGGUAUGCGCACGUGAGGGUCUUACCCGUCAUUGAUUACUGAUCCAGCAUGUUGAGCCAACGUUGGGGGGAUGUUCCAGCUUCCAAGGCUGCCAUAGCCUGCACUAAGGCUCGUUUAUCAGCCCUGUGCCGCCUUCGCAUAUGUGCCAUCCACCAAAGCAUUCCUCCAUACACAAAAGUCAGCAGGAGGACCCAAAAGGCCAUCCCUCCCCAAUUUUUUUAAGAAUCACACAGUUCCCUGGAUGAUCUCCAGCCAUUGCUUUGCAGUUGUAAUCUCCACACGGGUGUUGUUCAUGGCAACAAUUAAUGCUCGCAAUUCCUUCAUCUUUGUGUCGAGAUCCUAGCAGCAUCGCACCAAUUGCAUGUGACAGAUUUGCAGCUCUGGAAAAAUUCUGAUACUGAACAGAGGUUACACACAUUCCUGGCAUAUGAGUAAUGCAGGAAGCAAAUAUUAACUGUUCCAACAACAGCUUGUGCAGGUUGAUAGGGAAAUACAUGAGCUUGGGGUUGAUUUCCUUCAACAUAAACUACUCCCACACCACCUUCAGAUCCAUCAGUAAAUAUAUUAACAGCACCUGGGAUUGGCUCAGUCCGGGUAAUUCUGGGGUAUAUCAUAGGAUUUCUCAUGACCAACUGAAGCCAAUUAGUGGAGGCAAGUACCUCAAUCUGUUUUACAUCAGGUUGUUUACCAAAAGCUCCUCACCCCACCUUUAUACCCUUAAGAAUUAGCUGGCUUUCUUACCUCUGCUUACCAAAAUUUCUCCGUACACCAUUUUUACUUUCAUUUUAGACACAGUUGAAUCCAUGUUGCUGAAAUUCCCUUCGUCUCUAUUCCUGAAAACCUUAGUGCUCCGUCCCCUUUUUUCUGGGGAACCUGUCAGGCCUAUGCUUUUCCCUUCAUCUGUAUUCCUGAGAACCUUAGUGCUCCGUCCCCUUUUUUCCAGGAAACCUGACAGGCCUGUGCUUUCUUUACUUACCGUUGCUUACCAACACGAUGAGUUCCCCAUACGGGCCACCACUUGCCACAGCUUACCAAAAUUUCCCCGUACAGGCCACCACUUGCCGCAGUUUCCUACCCCACAGAGACAAGAACUACACAGACACCAAGACAAGUUUACGCAGCUUCCGCAGCAGCUUUUUCCACUUUACUUGGGGCUUUUCUUACUUAGGGCAAGAGAUAUAUUUAUACAGUAGCAGCAACUGACCUCAUCUCGCUCCACACCACCUCAUCCAAUCAAAAUCACACACGCUCCAGGAACGAGCUCAGGUCGGUCACAGAUAGACUGACAGAUCUGGAUCACGAGGAAUAAUCUAACUUGGCAGGCAGCUUACACAUGCAGUUUCACUGUGAAUGUUUGAGCAAGGCAGUAAAUGUGGGUUUCACGGGGCCUGGCAAUGGGCCUGGGCACCAUCUUGGCCCAUGCGGCCGCACCCACUUCCCACAAGUCUCAUCAGCUGUCAGCAGAGUGUAGUGUCCUCAGUUUAAAUGACAGUUUUAACUUCCAUUCAGGGAAACAAGUUCUCCGGGGCCUUUUGCACCUGAUAGAAAGUGACAGUGGCACAGUUUGACAUGUCUGUUGCUGGAGGGCAGGUCUAGUAAACGACAAUCAGAUACAAACAAUACACAAAGCUUUUCCUUUUCUGUUGAAAAAGAAAUGUCCAUUAGAAAAAAUAAAAAUGUGUUUAAAAGUAGCUAGUUUAUUUUAUAAUCCCAUUUAUAAAAGUAGAUGAGGCAUGUGUGUGAUUUCUGUAAAUGAAAGCUGCUGCCAGUUUGUUUUCAUGUCUCUCUGGAAAUGAAGCUGUGUGUGGAGAUGCACCUGGUGCCUGCACUGGGUGCUCCUGGAUCUGUGUGGAAGAAAGAAGCAGUGAUGUGAAGACGCCUGAGCUCCAGACAGCACGACGAGAGCUGCACAGUGAGGUUUAACUUUUAGUUUAAAAUGUAAAACGAAACUGUGAACUAAGACUUUAGAGUAUAUUUUACAUCAGUAGCACAUCUUGUGUUAGAUGACAUUCCAACUGCCCGUGCCAGCAAAUGCAGUCCUGAAAUAAUACUUGCAAAGUAGAAUGUUUCCUAAGGAACGGGUGGGCAAGUCUUAGUGAACUCAUGAGCAAAGGUUGUGAAGUAAAUCCCCUGUUAAAUAGAAGCGUAAUCAUCCUAAUGCCGACGUUUUAUCAUGCAUUUUCUCUCUGAGAGGUUUUCUUUCCAUGUACAGCAUUUCAAAGUUGUAAUACAAAUAAUUUAUUUUAUUAUUUA